AUGUUGGUGGCUUACUCCGCUAAGCGACUAGACCCAGAAAUAAACCUUGGCCUGCCUAGUUAUGGGGGACACGGCACUCUGGAGGUUUUACAAGUUACACAGUUACUAGAGAGAGCUGGCAUUACCUGUUAUAUAGUUGGUCCUUCUGCUCUGAUGUACUACGGCGCCGCAGGACGUCAGAAUGACUGGACUGUGUGCGUGCCCACAGAAAAGCUUGGAGAAGCGUCUUCACUUCUGCAUCCAGCCGACAGUUACGAAACCUUUCCGCCUCGUCCUCCACGCCCGUGGUCACUACUCCACACGUUCGCACGAUUCAGACCUGUAGGCAUAGCGAUGGCCAUUACUUUGGUUCCCUCAGAUGAUGUGCAUAUUGAUUGCAUAGCCCCCAAUAUCGAGUGUAGCCAAAUGGGUCUCCCGUACCCGGUCCUGGAGAUAUUCGCACAGUCGCCUCAACACCUACAAUAUGAGCGCACUCCAAGACCUUACCACCUGAAACUUGACGCCGAAAACGAUGUAGCGUGGGCACGGCGAAAGCAUGAGAAGAAACGAGCUUCGGUUCCACUUUCCUUCAGCUCGUGUAUGAUGGAAAAUGACACUUUGCCGGAGGGAUAUUUUUCCACGCGAUUCCGUGGGGUGGGAUCCCCGGAUCUACGGUCUGAAGAGAGGGACUGCGUAUAA